CCCCUGCCUUUCCCUUUGUACAUAGUAUGCACGUACCAGUCAUAAUCCCAUUUGCCCCUCAACUCUCUCAACCGCCAACAGGAAUCCAAGAAAUACAUACAGUCACCUUACCGACCUACCAUUUUAAUCCAGAAAGGAAUAACAUAACGGAAGAAAUACUGAAGCUAAGCGCCUUAAUCUCAGCCCGUAAUUCUUUCUACUAGGUGUUUGAUACGGUGUUACUUUUUUUUUAUACCACUUAAUAAAAAUUUCGCAAGCGCCCGCUCUCGUCUCCCACCCACUUCAGCCCGACAACCACGGCCUUGCAUUACGACAAGGCUUAUUUAAUAUUCCUCUUUUCCCACCUUCACGACGACUUCCGAGGACACUCCCCCCGUGUCUAACCCUGUCGGACAACAAACAUUUUUAGAGCUUCUCAGUCAAACCAGUACUGCCGGGGGUAUUCUGUUUGACAGUAGAUAUACUUCUCGACCUCGUCCCACCCGUGACAAGAUGGACGCCAAGCGACACCCAAGCUCUUUUCAGCAGCUCGAGAAGCUGGGAGAGGGUACCUAUGCUACGGUCUUCAAAGGACGAAAUCGCCAGACGGGCGAACUUGUCGCCCUGAAAGAAAUUCACCUCGACUCGGAAGAAGGAACCCCGUCGACCGCGAUCCGAGAGAUUUCACUCAUGAAGGAAUUGAAGCACGAGAAUAUUGUCGCUUUAUACGAUGUGAUCCAUACCGAAAACAAACUUAUGCUAGUAUUCGAGUACCUAGAUGGAGACUUGAAGAAGUACAUGGAUACCCACGGCGAUAGAGGCGCACUACGACAUAACAUUAUAAAAUCCUUUAUGUACCAAUUACUAAAGGGCAUCGACUUCUGCCAUAAGAAUCGGGUCCUCCACAGGGACUUGAAGCCGCAAAACCUACUUAUUAAUGGAAAAGGACAGCUCAAACUUGGGGACUUCGGAUUGGCGCGCGCGUUCGGCAUUCCCGUCAAUACCUUCUCGAAUGAGGUCGUUACAUUGUGGUAUCGCGCUCCCGAUGUUCUGCUAGGUAGCAGAACCUAUAACACUAGCAUCGAUAUAUGGUCCGCCGGCUGCAUUAUGGCCGAGAUGUAUACUGGUCGACCCCUCUUCCCCGGUACGACGAACGAGGAUCAGAUCAUACGUAUCUUCCGCAUAAUGGGUACGCCUACGGAAAGGACUUGGCCUGGAAUUACGCAAUUCCCGGAGUACAAGCCGAAUAUUCAGAUGUAUGCUACGCAGGAUCUUAGGGCGAUCCUGCCGCAGAUCGAUCAACUCGGUAUUGACCUCCUACAACGAAUGCUAGUCCUUCGUCCCGAACACCGUAUUAGCGCGCAUGAUGCUUUACAGCACCCUUGGUUCGCGGAUCUGGCUAUGUCACAACAGCAGACAAUGCAGGCGCAGGUGCAAGCUAGGGGCUAUGCGCCUCCUGCUGUUCCCUCUCAAGGUGUUUACGAUUCCGGAUACUAGAUAGAUCCCGAGCAGAAUUGGUAGCACUUUGAAUCGAGGGUUAUCCCAUAAAGGGCAAGUCUUGCUAGAGAUGCAAGCUUAUUAUGCACCGUAUCAAUGCCUACUUCGAGGUAGUAUCGAUUCCGAGUAGCUAUGAUGCAGGCAUAAAAAUGGUAUCAGCAGUUAGGUUAGCAUACGGUGAUUAUGGGCGGUGGGGCGACGUAGUUAUGAAGGCAAUGGUUAUGGGCUGAGAAUUGGCGUUAAGGGGAGUCUGUUUAUUGCCUGCUCAAUCAUAGAUUUUGGCUGCAUUCAUGGACAUCGUGUGGCAUUCUGCUAUUACCGAUAAUAAAAAUUCGUUAUACCCUAUGCU